AUGGGGCGGGGGUGGUGGUGGAAAGUAGCGGUGUUGGCGGUGGCCGUGGCGGUGUGGAGAGCUUGGCAGGGCGGUGGAUGGGACAAGGAGGCGGCGUUCAGGUUGGCCAGAGAAUGGUCGGAGAAUUUAGGGAUUUGGGCGAUCCCUCUCUACGUGUCGCUCCACACGCUCUCCAUCGCUCUCUGUUUGCCCUCUGCAAUCUUCUUCGAAACCGCCGCUCCUCUUCUCUUCGGUUUUUUCCCUUCUGUCUUAUGCGUAUUCUCCGCUAAAGUCCUCGCCGCCUCACUCUCCUUCUCCAUCGGCAGGUUGGUAUUCAGGAGUUCAAGCUCUGCAAUGGAGUGGGCCAAAAGAAACAGAUAUUUUAACAUGAUCUCUAGAGGAGUUGAGCGAGAUGGUUGGAAAUUCGUUCUUCUUGCUCGCUUCUCACCUGUGCCCUCUUAUGUUAUUAACUAUACCUUGGCGGCUACUGAAGUUAGGUUCCUAUUGGAUUUUCUUCUUCCUACCACGAUUGGAUGUCUCCCAAUGAUCUUGCAGAAUACAUCUAUUGGAAGCCUUGCUGGUGCUGCUGUUGCCAGUGCCUCUGGCUCUAAGAAAUCUCAAUUUUGGUCCUACUUUUUUCCUGUAGUUGGUAUUUUGUCUAGUGUACUUAUUUCUUUGAGAAUUAAAAAAUAUUCAACCCAAGUUUCAGUAUCUGAAAUCCCGCCCAGCAAAAAUAAUACCGAUGAUUAG